GCGGCCGGAGGGAGGGCUCGCCCCCUCUGCUCCUGUCCGCUCACCCCACGCACCUGCUGCCCGAGAUGCAGCCCAGCUCAGGCGUCCUCUAGCGGGAAGCGGCCGCCCUGGAGCCUGGAUUCCGUGAGACGCUCCCACCCGCAGGGGGUUAAACGCUUCCGACGUGGUUUCGGUGUCAAAACGAGCGCGGAGCGGAGGAGGGAAAGCCGGGAAGCCGGGAUCUGCAAGAAGCUGCGGUGCCAGGCAGCCAGAGGCGCACUCGGAGCCGCCGUGCGCCCCAGAGCCAGCAUGGGCCAGCCGGGGGAAAGCGCCCUGCGCGCCCAACCUCUGUAACGGCCGCCGGGCGUGGCGCGCCCCGGGCUUGGCCGGGGCAGCUCCCGAGCGCCCUUCACCUGUGGGCGUGACCCGCUUCUUCCCCCCCACCCCCGCUUUUAUUGUCAGGGCCGCCGCCGCAGCUGCAGCAGCAGAGGCGCCAAGGGGCCGAGAGCGGAGCCGGCGCGUGGAGCGGAGCGGCUGAGGGAGCUGCUGCGGCGGCGGCGGCCUCAGAGCCGCCUCUGUGUAAAGUGUCCCGUGAGCCGGGGAUUCUUGCUGCCCCGCCCCGCCGCCCGCCAGCGCGCCCCUUCGCCAGCCAAGCCCCGAGGAUCCGACGGGAGGGGAGACCUGGCUCGGCUGGCACCUCCUGCUCUGGGGCUCCCCGGCCGCCGUGUCUGCCUGACUCCGUCGCCAUCCCCAGCUGUUGGCAGGCGUAGCUCCCGCCGGGCUCCCUCCCAGCCCGCCCCCGCCGGCAUUUGGAGCGGAUCUGCCUGGGUUCCCUGCCUCUGUGGAGUUACCGGCUGUCACCUGGCCAGCCGGGGGCGGCGCGUGAAUCGGGUCCCGCCACCCGCCCGCCACCCCCCGGGUGCUGCGCAUUGAGGGCUGGAUUGGACUGUGCAGUGGUUGCAGUUGGCCAGGGGGUUACCCUAAAGCUGCCUUUGGGUUGUGGGGGUGGGGAAGUUCCAUCUGAGUCUCCGCGCGACUGUAACUGAUUUGAUUUAAGAAAAUUUAGGGGGUGUUUGUCCCCCCCGCGCGCGGGGAGGGGGCGGAAACAAACAAACCAAAAAAAAAAAAACUUUCUCAAAUAAAAAGCCUCAUUUGUGGCUCAGUAGCAUCUUAAGCUCAGCAACAUCCAAAACGCUAGUGAAUUGGUGCCACGGUACAGGAGGAAACCCAUCGAAGGCCCCCCCUGCACAGAGGUUUUUCUAUGUUUUAGAAUUAUUUUGCUUUCUUGCUGAAAGAUGCUUCCUGCAGCAUGACAGGGUUGCCGAUGCUCAACCCUUAGGUCUUGUGAAGAUGGUUUUUUUGGGGAUUACACGUGGAGAAAGACGAUCCGUCAAGGGGAGAACUGGCUGGUGAAACUAACUGACAUUUUUGCUCCGGGAAAGUGGCUUCAAUGGCUCCAUCUCCCAGGACAAACAAUAGAAAAGAUGCCAACGCCUUGCCAAGCAUGUCCUCAACUUUCUGGGCAAUUAUGAUCCUGGCUAGUCUUCUAAUCGCCUACUGCAGUCAACUGGCUGCAGGUACAUGUGAGAUUGUUACUUUGGACAGAGAUAGCAGUCAGCCCCGAAGGACUAUAGCCCGACAAACAGCUCGCUGUGCAUGUAAAAAAGGACAGAUUGCCGGUACAACAAGAGCAAGGCCAGCCUGCGUGGAUGCACGAAUUAUCAAAACAAAACAGUGGUGUGAAAUGCUUCCAUGUUUAGAAGGAGAAGGCUGUGAUUUGCUAAUCAAUAAGUCAGGCUGGACCUGUACACAACCGGGUGGGCGAAUAAAGACAACCACGAAAUCUGAUCACCACAGAACUCCUUGCCAAAAUUCCACAGAAACCAGGGGGUAUUGGGGAUCUUGCCAAAGAAUUUAGAUCCAAUAUGCUGCACAAUACACAGGGCUCUGUCUCUGAUAGACAGCGACACACUGCCUGUCUGAGGCCAUGUGGUUUGGAGAUCUGAUCACUAGUCCGAAAAGAAAAGGCUGUUUUCAAGAUUUCUGGGGUGUUUUUUCCUGGAAAAGGUCUCCUGACAAAUGCAGCAGCAAAGAAUCCUCGUAUGAGUGGUCUAGGUUCUGUGUGAGCUACUUACCUUAGUCAAGUUUCACUGCUGUGGAUCAUCAUCCAUUAUAUGUCAUCAAUUCAACUGUCUGUUUCUCUAUAUCUCAUAAAAGACAGCAUAAUUCCUCUACAUUAUGAGCUAAAAGUCUGUUCUACCAUACUAAGGAGCAUUGGACUAAGGAAUAUAGAUAUAAGAGAUACGCUUGGGCAUUAGCAAUACACAAAGUUCCUGGUUAAUGUUUCAUCUGCGUUAUACACCACUGCUGGACUCGAUGUUACCUACAUGUUUUGAUCUGAAGAGUCUACUGCACUGAAGAGUAUUCAUCCCAAUCAGCCUUAGAGAAGACUGUUUUGUCUAUGGGAGGACACUGAGGUGCAAAAGAGAAUCUCUUCUUGUGCCCUGGACUGUCUGAAUUGCUUUUAUUUUCUUAUACUUUCAGUAUAUACAAUAGACCAAAGAGCAAAAUCUAUUUUAAAGUGGACACAAUCUUACUGUUAACAGAGCUAUCUGGGUUAAAUAGUAGGGUGGUCUCCACAAAGACAUGAUUUCAACUCUCACAAAGCUGAGAUGUUCCUGUACAGCAGAAGUCUUUAUGGAACACUGCAGUAAAAACUAAACUAGAAAAUUACUCUUGAAAAACCACAUUAUAAACAACGAAAUGGAGCAUGGAGAGAAAAUGGCGUAUGUUUGAAAAACUUUGAUGAAACAGCUACAAACUGUCUACAUGGCACCUUUAUUCCUCUGUACUUACAUUGACUUUCUCGUACUAAAAUCAUUUUCAGUUUUAACCGGUUAAACAUGCCUCUUCUACAGUUCCAUUUUUGAUAGUUAAAAUUGGAUAAUACAGUAUUUGCAAAGAGCAUGUUUGGUCAUCCGUGGCCUAUGUCUCAUCUGAUACACCAUUUAGCACCAGAAAGCAAAUUAAAGAAAAAAAAAGUAACACUUGUUUGAAAGAGAUCAUUAAAUGUAUUUUGAAAAGCCUAAAGUUAUAUAUUUAACAGUUUUUAUAUGUUGUAUAUUUGUAGAAAAUCCUAUUUAACAAUUAACGUGAUAACUCUGACGGUCAUGACAAAUGGUUCAGAGUUAAGUUGUGUUUUAUUACUUCAGUUGUCUCUGAAGUGACAGGUGUCAUUUGCUUUCUUCCAUUAGGGCAUUCUGGAUGUAAAGCAUGACCAGAGAGGAUUCUGUAGAAAAAGCAAAGAAUAAUGUUGUUUAUAUUACAUAAAUGCAUUCAACCAUUGCACUGUUGGAAGGCAUUUUUUUGGUCUUUAUGUACUGGUAAAAAUAGAGUGUAAAAUAUUUUAAUCAUGGCUUUCCAUACCAAGUUAUUUCUCUCUCUCUCUCUCUCUCCUUCUCCCCACCCUUCUCUAGAUAAUACAGUAUAAAAGUAAAUUUGCAGCCUGUUCCUUGACCCAGAUUCAAUGUUUUACCUCAUCGUUAGAAAGCCCACUUUUUUGGCAUUAUCAGGUAGUGAAAAGUUAAUGCAAAGACAGCAUAGAAAAGAAGGGAAAUGAAGAUAAAAAGAUCCCUCACUCCCUAUUACUGUACCUUUCUAUAUAUGUUUGGUACAUACUGAUAUGAUGAAAUCAACAAAUGAGCUUAACUUCUUCCUGGCAAAUGUAUUCCAGUUUUAACGAUUCUCCAAGUUUCCACUGUAGUAUACUACCUAAUACUCCAAUUAACUUUUAGUACUAUGCUAGUUCUAUGCUACUAAAGAAAAAUAUAUAGAGACUGUUCAAGCAGCCAUAGAUAAAAAAUACAAAAACAAAAAGUUAUUUUUUUUGUAAGGCCUAUUCCACUAUUCAGGCUUAUUUAAUACACAGGUUGCAGAAACCAUGAAUUAUAGGUGACUGUGUCUUUUGAGUAAAAUAAAUAUAUAAGAAUUUCUUAUUUAAUCUUAAGUUUUUUGACCAGUAUCAAAGUAGCAAUUCCAGGCCAGCCACUUGAAAAGUGUUAUGGACUGACUGCACUAUAAAUGACCGAUGUCUGGUUUGAAAUGUCAUGCAAUAAACGAUGGUAAAUACAUUUACUGUACUACUAGAACUCAAGAGCCAGAUCCCUCACUCCACCAAUUUUCUGUUUUGUUUCAGUUUAUUUUUAAGGGAGUGCAGUAGCCUUAUUUAGUAAACACAGAAAAACUAAAGAUGUUACAUUUUUGUUGCUUUACAGUAUUCAGUUUUGUGUUGGUUCAGCUAAAUUAUGGAAAUAAAGAAAAUCCUUUUAUAAGUGA